AUGGAUGUGUACCAGAGCCCAGGGACGGAGGCAGACGGCUGCGAGGAACUCACCAUCACAAAAACAAAAGAAGACGAAAAGAUGCGAAGGCUACUGGAAUAUCGACGGAACAGGAAGAAACGUCGAAAAGCUCAAAGAUGGGAAAACUUUGGGAAGCGUGUCUAUCUUGGGAAGCGUGCAUGCAAGCUACAGGAGCCCUAUAUAAAGGGAGUCCAAGCAUCAGCAGAGUGCCGAGCACCGACGACCGACCAAACAGCAAAGCUGAAAGCCCUGCGCCCAGCGCCCAAAUCUUUUUUCUCUCUACUGAUUGCCAUCAAAGGAGGAACCCUUCCUGAUCCAUCUUUUUGUGCCAAAGUCCAAAGACCUAGUAAUAUAGGGUUUGGAGGAGAUGAUGUGUUUACGAGAUCUGGUUUCAUAAAUUGGAAAAAAGCAAUUGAAAAAUUCAAUGAGCAUGUAGGUGGAGUUGGUAGAGUGCACAAUGAGGCAAGAAUACAGUUUGAGGGUUUCAAGAAUCAAAGACAAAGUGUGGAGUAUUCAUUUUCAUCAGGAAAACAUGAGCUUGAAGUUUCUUAUCGCAAACGCUUGACUUCCAUUUUAAAAGUAAUUCGAUUUUUGUUGUUACAAGGAUUGCCUUUUCGGGGACAUGAUGAGUCUUCGACAUCAUCCAAUAAAGGAAAUUUUUUAGAAUUGCUCAAAUGGUAUAGCUCAGAGUGUCCAGAAGUUGCGGCAGUUGUUGGAAUGAAUGCACCUGGAAAUAAUCAAAUGAUUGCCCCAAAAAUUCAGAAACAAUUGGUGAAUGCUUGUGCAGUUGAGACCACAAAUGCUAUUGUAGCUGAUCUUGGAGAUAGGUGGUUCACUUUACUACUUGAUGAGGCUCGUGACUGUUCAGUGAAAGAGCAAAUGGCAGUUGUUAUUAGAUAUGUGAAUAAAUAUGGAGAGGUGAUUGAACGAUUUAUGGCCGUAGUUCAUGUUGCAACAACUACAGCUGCUUGUUUGAAGGAGGCAAUUGACUCUUUAUUUGCUAAGUAUGGUUUGUCAGUGGCAAGAUUGAGGGGUCAAGGAUAUGAUGGUGCUUCAAAUAUGUCUGGAGAAUUUAAUGGCUUAAAGUCACUGAUAAUGAAAGAAAAUCCAUAUGCAUUGUAUGUUCAUUGUUUUGCUCAUCAACUCCAGCUAGUGGUUGUAGCUGUUGCUCAAGAAAAUCAAUAUGUUUGUGAUUUCAUGUGGAUUGUUGGUUCGAUUGUAAACAUAUCUGCAUCAUCUUGCAAAAGGGCUGACAAACUUCGACAACUUGAACAUGACAGAAAAAUUAAACUUCUUGAAAGAGGAGAGAUUAGUUCUGGUAGAGGACUAAACCAAGAAACUAGUCUAGCUAGACCUGGAGAUACACGAUGGGGGUCUCAUCAUUCAACUUUAUGUCGUAUUGAACAAAUGUGGUCAUCUGUUAUAGAGGUUCUUCAAAAUUUGAUUGAUGAUGGUGAUCGUUCUUCUAAGGGUUUAAGUAGAACUUUGGUUGAAAGAAUGGAGAGGUAUGAAUUUGUGUUUAUUCUACUAUUGAUGAAACGUAUACUGGCAAUCACAAAUCAUUUGUCAACCGUUCUACAAGAGAAAGAUCAAAAUAUUGUGAAUGUGAUACGUUUGAUCAAUAAUGUGAAAUGCAAAUUACAAAAGUUGAGAGAUUCUGGAUGGGAUAUUUUACUUGAGGAUGUGAAGAAAUUUUGUAACACUCAUUCCAUUGAAAUAAUUAAUAUGACAGAUAACAUCAACAGCCAGCUUGAAACAUAUAUUGAUGAUGUCAAAUCAGAUGAACGGUUUGAAGGCAUUUCAGAUUUAAGAGCUCUUGCAAAGAAAAUGAUUGAAACAAUGAAGAACCGUGUGUUUCCUUUGGUUUAUCGGAUGAUUGAGGUAGCCUUACUUCUUCCAGUUGCUACUGCAACAGUUGAAAGAGUGUUUUCGGCAAUGAAUAUUGUCAAAACAUAUUUGCGAAACAGGAUUGGAGAGGAAUGGAUGAAUGAUAGUUUAGUAGUGUAUAUCGAGAAAGAUGUUUUUAAUACUGUCGACAAUGAGCCAAUUUUACAACGUUUUUAG